AUGCCGCUAGACACCAGCACCUACUCGCUCGCGCUCCUCCGCCUCGAUGGCCGCCGCUGGAACGAACUACGCCGAAUCCACGCGCAAAUCUCCACGCAAGCCGCCGCCGAUGGGUCGUCAUAUCUCGAGAUGGGCAACACCAAGAUCCUCGUUUCCGUCACCGGUCCCGCCGAGGGCAAGCAGUCAGGGCAAAGAGGCGGCGCAGACAAGCAGGCCAAAGUUGAGGUCGAGAUAAAUUUCGCGGGUUUCAGCGGUGUAGAGCGAAGGAAGAGGAAGAGCGAUAAGCGGACAAGUGAGAUGGAGCACUGCCUGAGGUCGGCGUUUGAGGGCGUGUUGCUGCUACAUCUCUACCCGCAUUCGACGAUUACAUUGAAUGUCCACAUCAUUUCGCAGGACGGAUCAUUGCUGGCUGCCUGUAUCAAUGCGUCAACAUUGGCGCUUAUCGAUGCGGGUAUACCAAUGACAGAUUAUCUGGUCGCUUGCACAGCUGCUUCUUCAGCUUCUGCGUCAGCGGCGGACAACGCGUCUGCCGAUGAUCCACUGUUGGAUCUCAACAACCAGGAGGAAUUGGAGCUGCCGUUCUUGACGGUAGGGACAUUGGGGGAUACCGAUAACGUCGCUGUGUGCGUCAUGGAGACCAGGGUACGAAUGGAGAGGUUAGAGGGCAUGCUGGCAGUGGGUAUCGAAGGUUGCAAGAGGAUGCGUACUAUAUUAGACGAUGUGGUCAAGGGAUACGGCAAGAGGUUUGGCUGA